GCUGUAGUUCCUGCCAGCGGCGAUGUGGAAAAAUAUUUGCAUUUCUGUACGUUACAUCAUUACACUAACAAAAGUUCAGCAGCGCUGAUCUCCACAGCUCUGUUACAAACGAGCCGCUGAGGAAGAGAGAGGAGCUAACCAAAUAACAUUUCCCGAUUUUGCAAUAUCGACGCAUUCCAGGGAGGAACAGUUGUUUGUCAAAAAGGGUGAAGAUGGGAGUUAGGAGUGUGUGCUGUAUUCUACUCAUUUCUCUGCUAAAGUCUUCCUCUGCUCACAAUGACUUCUUCACAUCCAUUGGUCACAUGACAGAUUUGCUGUACACAGAAAAAGACCUGGUGACGUCAUUGAAAGAUUACAUCAAAGCAGAGGAGAGCAAACUGGAGCAAGUGAAACAGUGGGCUGAGAAGCUGGAUGCUUUAACAGCGACAGCCACACAGGACCCAGAGGGGUUUUUGGGUCACCCUGUCAAUGCGUUUAAACUCAUGAAGAGACUAAACACGGAGUGGGGUGAAGUGGAGGACCUCGUGCUCAAAGACAUGUCUGACGGUUUUAUCUCAAACCUGACUAUUCAACGUCAGUAUUUCCCUAAUGAUGAAGACCAGACCGGUGCAGCCAAAGCUCUCCUCCGACUGCAGGACACCUAUCAACUGGACACACAGACCAUCUCUUCUGGAGACCUGCCUGGUGUUACUACAGGCUUGCCGUUUAAAAGCACCAUGACGGUAGAGGAUUGUUUUGAGCUGGGAAAAACCGCCUACUCUGAUGCAGACUACUACCAUACAGAAUUAUGGAUGUCCCAGGCACUCAAGCAACUGGAUGAAGGAGAAGAAUCCAGUGUAGAAAUUGUGACAGUGCUGGACUACCUCAGCUACUCAGUCUACCAGCAGGGGGAGCUGGAAAUAGCUCUGGACCACACCAAGAGACUGCUGAGUGUGGAUCCCGAGCACCAGCGAGCACUUGGGAACCUAAAGUAUUUUGACUACCAGCUAGCCAAACAGAAGAAGGCUGAGAAAGAGCAGAGUGUCAAGGAAGAGAGCAAGACAGAACAAGAAAAGACGGUUGGGAAAGGGGAAUAUCUCCCUGAAAAGAGGAAAUAUGAGCAGCUAUGUAGAGGACAAGGAGUCAGAAUGAGUCCUCGCAGACAGAGACGUUUGCUCUGCCGUUACUACAACAGUAACAGGCAUCCUUUUUACAUAAUCGGCCCGGUGAAACAAGAGGAUGAAUGGGAUCGUCCACGUAUCAUCCGUUACCAUGAUAUUAUAACAGAAAAAGAAAUGGAGAAGGUCAAGGAGUUGGCCAAACCAAGGCUGCGCAGAGCCACCAUCUCCAACCCCAUUACUGGUGUUCUAGAGACCGCCCAGUAUCGCAUCAGUAAAAGGCGUGCCACCGUGCAUGACCCUCAAACUGGCAAACUCACCACCGCCCAAUACAGAGUCUCCAAGAGUGCAUGGUUGGCGGCCUAUGAGCAUCCCGUUGUGGAUCGCAUAAACCAGCGCAUAGAAGACAUCACAGGCCUCGAUGUCAAAACAGCAGAAGAGCUACAGGUGGCAAAUUAUGGUGUUGGUGGACAAUAUGAGCCCCACUUUGACUUUGGACGGAAAGAUGAACCAGAUGCCUUUAAAGAGCUGGGCACAGGAAAUCGAAUAGCAACCUGGCUCUUCUAUAUGAGUGAUGUAGCUGCAGGGGGCGCCACAGUCUUUACAGAAGUUGGAGCUGCAGUAAAGCCAAUGAAGGGUACAGCCGUAUUCUGGUAUAAUCUGUUUCCUAGUGGAGAGGGAGAUUACAGCACGAGACACGCAGCUUGUCCAGUACUGCUGGGUAACAAGUGGGUGUCAAAUAAAUGGAUCCACGAGAGAGGUCAGGAAUUCAGGAGACCAUGCGGCCUGAAAGAGGCAGAUUGAUCAAACACCUCCACCGUCUUCCUCAUGCACUCCUCCCCCUGGACUCUGAAAACAUGAACGGCACCCUCCCUGCUGUUCAUGUCCACUGUGUCCACAGCAGCCAACAUGUGAUCUGUCACAUUUAUUUUUAACUGAAGAGUAUGUGUGUGUGUUUAUGUGUGUUUGAGCCAGCCUACAGUUACAUUACCUCCGUUAGUGCCUUUUGUCAUUGCACACCAGGGCUUCGAAGGAUGGAGCUAUUCCUGACAACACUCCUUUACAAACAGGCCUUUAACCACUGAGCUGUAUAGUGGCAUCAUAUCAGCAUAUCUUCAACACUUACUCUGACUGACAGCCAGACCAAAGUGACAAACACGAGAAAGAACAUAAAAUGCUUGUUUGCAAUGUUCACAGAAUGAUAGGGGACAGUCUAAUAAAAAGGUUUUUUCCAAAAUGAA